AUGAUGCGAGCGGGGCGCGGCUCUGGAGCCCUGUCAUCCCCGAGGGACACGAAACGCGGCCGCUUCUUAAUUACUAGUGACGUCACGGAUAUCUUCCUGAGUGUGUCGCAAAGGGCGAGAGUCAGGCGGACGCUGUGCCGAGCGAUUUUGAACCUUGUGUUAGUAAAUCGUUCAGUAGGAGUGAAUCGUUUCAUGCGGGGUGAUGUGCGCUAUGAAAACGUUAUGAUGUGA